GUCAGCAGGCGAAGGCGCGUGCGGUCCAGCUGCGCACUGACACCCAUAAAUACCCGCUUCAGGGCUCCGCUGCAUCCCAGCUGGACGUCAGGACACCCGACAAGUAGACGAAGCGGAUCCCUGUGUGACAAGGGGACAAACAUAUCAGUAAGAAGGUUUAACCAUGAGGGAAAUUGUACACAUUCAAGCUGGACAAUGUGGGAACCAGAUAGGUGCAAAAUUCUGGGAAGUGAUCAGUGAUGAACACGGUAUCGACCCUACCGGCACCUACUAUGGGGACAGUGACCUUCAGCUGGAGAGGAUUAACGUGUACUACAAUGAAGCCACCGGUAACAAAUUUGUCCCACGAGCCAUCCUUGUGGACCUGGAACCUGGCACCAUGGACUCGGUCAGGUCUGGCCCUUUUGGGCAAAUAUUCCGACCCGACAACUUUGUGUUUGGUCAGAGUGGAGCAGGCAAUAACUGGGCAAAAGGUCAUUACACUGAGGGGGCAGAGCUUGUGGACUCAGUGUUGGAUGUGGUGAGGAAGGAAUCUGAGAACUGCGACUGUCUGCAGGGAUUCCAGCUUACCCACUCGCUGGGUGGUGGCACAGGUUCCGGAAUGGGCACCUUGCUCAUCAGCAAGAUUCGGGAGGAGUACCCUGACCGCAUCAUGAACACCUUUAGCGUCAUGCCCUCCCCCAAGGUGUCUGACACAGUGGUGGAGCCGUACAAUGCGACUCUUUCCGUGCACCAGCUGGUGGAGAACACGGACGAGACCUAUAGCAUCGACAAUGAAGCACUCUAUGAUAUUUGCUUCCGCACACUCAAGCUCACUACGCCCACCUAUGGGGACCUGAACCACCUGGUGUCAGCCACCAUGAGUGGGGUAACCACGUGUCUGCGGUUCCCAGGCCAGCUGAACGCCGACCUUCGCAAGCUGGCCGUCAACAUGGUGCCAUUCCCUCGCCUUCACUUCUUCAUGCCUGGCUUCUCUCCUCUGACAAGUAGGGGGAGCCAGCAAUACCGAGCACUCACUGUACCUGAGCUCACGCAGCAGAUGUUUGACGCCAAGAACAUGAUGGCAGCAUGUGAUCCACGUCACGGCCGGUAUCUCACAGUGGCAGCUAUAUUUCGCGGCAGGAUGUCCAUGAAGGAGGUAGACGAGCAGAUGCUGAACGUUCAGAACAAGAACAGCAUCUACUUUGUAGAGUGGAUCCCCAACAAUGUCAAGACUGCUGUAUGCGACAUCCCACCCCGGGGGCUCAAAAUGUCUGCUACCUUCAUUGGAAACAGCACUGCGAUUCAGGAGUUAUUCCGGAGAAUCUCAGAACAGUUCACUGCCAUGUUCCGUCGCAAGGCCUUCUUGCACUGGUACACAGGAGAAGGGAUGGACGAGAUGGAGUUCACUGAGGCGGAGAGCAACAUGAAUGAUUUGGUGUCUGAGUAUCAGCAGUACCAGGACGCCACUGCAGAUGAAUUGGGCGAGUUUGAGGAGGAUGAGCUGGAUGAGGCAUGAUACCAUAGUUAGCAAGGCUAAUUUACAGUACACAUGUAAGAACCUCUGCCUUUAAAAACAUGCUGACAUCCUGAACUUUAUUCUUGAAAUGCUGCUGUGAAUGUACAUGUAUUUUGUAGCCUGUUUAUAGAAAUGAUAAUUUGUAAGUCCCAGCUGAAGCUUAGAUGGCCAGCAUGUACCAUUUUAACAACGUUCACCUCAACAUUUUAAGAAAUGUUAACAGACUGCUUCUAUACAGAAGUGAUUUGAGUCAUAAGUUGCUGUCUGGCUCAGUUAUGGUCCUUACAUUUUC